AUGCAGAAUCCAAGACAAAUCGCCAAGAAGAAGUCCUCCACUUCAAAGGGUGGUAGGGAUAACAAGAAAUUUAUGAGAGUGCAUUCGAACGGUACUCUCGCAUAUAAACAGAGCACUCUGGUCCAAAGUCAACAAGCCUUUCCGGUACAGAAAAGAGUCAAAUCCGGCAUUCCCUCCCGCAAUUCGAGGGCAUACUUACUCAACAUGCCACCAGAGAUCCAUGAUGAAAUCCUUUCGUACCUGCUUACCAACCCUAUGCUGGGUCAAGGUACUUCGGUGACCGUGGAAGCAAGACCAUUUAGAAAUGGCAAAAGAGAGGUCAUUCCACCCAAAUACGAGCUCCAUCCAGCCGUCCUCCGUGUAUGUAAGAAAAUGUAUCAAGGAGGCUUAUACAUGUUAUAUGAGUGCAACACCUUCAUCAUGGAUUGCACAAAUUGGAUGUAUCAGAACGAUACACGCAUGCCUGUUGAUGCAAUGUACGAGUAUGCUCCACGGUGGGCAGAGGCGUACUACCCCAUUACGACAGCUCUAAACGUGACGCCAUUGAAUCGGUACAUUGAACACCUGAAUGUCAAGCCAACUACUUCGGACUGGGAGUACAAAGGAAACCAGUAUUUUUACGAGCAGCCAACAUUCAGUCAACUCGUAGGUCCACAAGCCAGUUAUGUCAAAAAGUGGAAAUUCGUCGUGCGCGGAGAUAGCGGAACUUACAGUCGUCGAUUCAGUCGAUUUGCUUUACAGCAGUUCUGUCACGCAAUAUGUCAGCGCCCAGGGCUCUCCCUUACCUUUGUUGUUUGUAGAGAUAAGACGUCGAAAGCGACGAAAAAGGCAAAUAACCUAGACUCAGACAGGGAAUUGGGCUUCGAGGAGAUAUCUUCUCCCCUGAAAGUACUCAGGAACGUCAAGAAUGUUGAGUUUAACGAAGCACAUGCCGACGUUGACCAGGAAGUUGGUGGAGAAGAGUUUCCCGAGGCACUCCCGGUGUACUGUGACGAAAUUUUCCAAAUGGCCGACGCAGCUGCUAGCACUCUCACGUCGGGAAAGAUUGUGCAGAAAUACACCAAGUUGAUGAAAGGAUCAUCACCAUUGAUCAACCCAGUGGAUCUCAUGUGUGAUGAUCUCGUGACAUACGCCAAGACUUUCCAACGUGUUCCGGAACUUGAAAAAAAUAUGGACCUGGGUAAGGUUUCCGAUGAAGUCCUAUUCCAAAAAGACGUUACGAAUACAUAUAAGCGGCCAUAUGAUUCGGCGGAAUGUCUACUCAGACAGGCACAAGUAGCAGCAUUGGUUAAUGACAUCGAAAAAUUCAAGGGUUUUCGGAAGGAGUUGUUACUAGAAAUAGAGGGGGAACGGUACAAGAUCAUCAAGAGUGGUUAUGCAAGGUUUUGCAAGUUUAUCGAGCAGAACAGGAUCAUCCGAGGAAUUCUAUGCUCAGGAGAGUUUCAUAAUGAUGUGUACAGAUGUCAGGAACAUACACUGGACCUAAGCGAAGACACAGCCUUGAGACGCAAUUGGCGAAUCAGCAUCACCGAAGCCCUCAUCGUGCUAGAAGAUUAUGCUUCCUCCUUCUUUAGAGAUACAUCGAACAAGAAUUUCAAGCUGCACGCUGGACGCCGUCUUUAUGACCCCAUCCACCUCUACCAUGCAUUGCCAAGAGAGCGACUGAUGCGACGAAUCCAAGACGCAUAUUCUUCCUGGAAUUACAGCUCCUUUCUACAAUACUACAAAGAGGCUGUUCAUGACAUGGAUACACAGUACAUGGAGAUACUGGAGGCCAAAAAGAACCUCUUUCGAUGGGACACAGGACGUACUUUGAGAGGAAUCGAAAUCGUUUCUGGGGAUGAGAAAGACUUUGUAAGCCGCGAAAUUGAGCCUAUCGAAUGGACCACCCUCGAUUUCGAUCACAAUCAUGUGCCGGGGAGGCGGGCGCCGGCGGCCACCAAGCGACAAAAGCGUCGAGGUUAA